GAGCACGGCAUCCAUCCCUCUGCUCCCCCAGAGCCUGGGCCUACCUUGCUUCAGUCUACCAGGCCAGUGAUGAGCUCACGGCUGAGCCAGAUAAGGGCUGAUCAGAGCUAAGGCCUUGGUGGGGCGCCCCCUUCCGCCUCCCCAGGCCCGGGCCGAAGAGUCCUGCCAGGCCACGGCCAUGGAGGCCAUCUGGCUGUACCAGUUCCGGCUCAUUGUCAUCGGCGACUCCACGGUGGGCAAGUCCUGCCUGAUCCGCCGCUUCACCGAGGGCCGCUUUGCUCAGGUUUCAGACCCCACCGUGGGGGUAGAUUUUUUCUCCCGCUUGGUGGAGAUCGAGCCAGGAAAACGCAUCAAGCUCCAGAUCUGGGAUACAGCGGGUCAAGAGAGGUUCAGAUCCAUCACUCGCGCCUACUACAGGAAUUCAGUAGGUGGUCUUCUCUUAUUUGACAUUACCAACCGCAGGUCCUUCCAGAAUGUCCAUGAGUGGUUAGAAGAGACCAAAGUACACGUUCAGCCCUACCAAAUUGUAUUUGUUCUGGUGGGUCACAAGUGUGACCUGGAUACACAGAGGCAAGUGACUCGCCACGAGGCCGAGAAACUGGCUGCUGCAUACGGCAUGAAGUACAUUGAGACGUCAGCCCGAGAUGCCAUUAAUGUGGAGAAAGCCUUCACAGACCUGACAAGAGACAUAUAUGAGCUGGUUAAAAGGGGGGAGAUUACAAUCCAGGAGGGUUGGGAAGGGGUGAAGAGUGGAUUUGUACCAAAUGUGGUUCACUCUUCAGAAGAGGUUAUCAAAUCAGAGAGGAGAUGUUUGUGCUAGUCAACCCUUCCAUUUUCAAAACAUACUCUCCACUUGAACUUAAAAGUUAUAGAAAUAAGUAGAAUCCUUAUGUGACUGAAGAGAACUCAACCUUUGGAUAACAAAUGAGCCUUCUUCCUAGGGGUAGAGCUCUGACAGGCUCAUGUGUGGGUAGAUAGGGAGCCUGGGUGCUGUGAUUGAGGAACUAAAUUGCUAACAUGGGCUAGAUCAGACAUUGUUUUGUGGCUCAGGCUCGGCAAUGAUUGCUUUGUGUGCCCUUUGUGGACCACAUAUUAAGGAUGUGGGGUUUUGGAGGUUAGGUUCCAGGAAAACAUACCUACAGAGAAAAAAACUGUUCCUUGAUAUUUCAACUUUUCAGAGGUGGUGACCAUAAAAAACAUGUAGAAGGAAAUCAAGUAUCAAAUUGGGGACAAUUAAGAUAACUGAAAAAAAGAGUAUGGUAUCAAUUUAUUCAAUGGUAAUACCAUGCCAGAUGUGUUCUGAGUUUGGUACAAACACACUAAUUCACUUCUAACAGUUCAACUGUAAAAUGAAAGGCCCAUAUGAAUCAGCUAUUUGGUAAGGCCCUUUCAAGGUCGAGCAUUCUAGUAAAAAUGCUGUGAAUAUGAAAAGGGAAGUCAUUCACACCUUGUUAUUAAUCACAUUUGAGAAAGUGUACACUCUCAUGAUAGAGUUACCAACUGUAUGAAAGAAACUGUCCCAUGUAAAAUGACCAUGUGAGGAGAAGAAAGAAACAUUGUAACUCAAAGGCCACAUUCUUUGUCCUCUAACCAUACCUGGCUUUCACUGCAUCAGCGAACCACAAUCUGGAAGUAAGCAUACUGCCUGCUUCUUUAGGUACCUGAUGGUGACAACAUAGAGAUUGUCUACAA